AUGGACGACCGGCGCGGGCGCGGCGACGCCAUGCGCCAGCGGCCGUUCGCGUCCGCCGCUCAGGAACAGGAGAGGGUGUUCGACGGCGGCGGCGGCGGCGGCGGCGGUGCCGGCCAUGGGCCGGCGUUUGGAGGUGACUUUGAUCAGGGGUCAUCACUCAUGGCGCUUCUUGGCGCCGGUGGUGUCAGCUCGUCCCAGCCGUCGCUGCCGACGUGGGGCGUCGAGGAGGUGACCGCGGCGUCUGCCAUUAAUCUGGUGCCUCAGUCGUUCUCCAUGGCGAACUACGCGCCGCCGGUGCCGUCCUACCAGCAGCCCACCUCGUUCGCCCCAUCGCCGCUCGGCGGCAGAAUGGAUCCCUACCCGCCGUACCUCCUCUCCGACCCGCCGCCGCAAUGGCCUCCGCCGCGAUCGACGGCGGCGGCUGCUUCCUCCUUGCCGCCCCAGAACUUCGCCGUCCUCCUCCCCAGGUACGACCAGGACAUGCAGCAGCUGCGCGCGGCCGCGUUCUUCGGCGCCGGCAGCUCGCAGUCGCAGGCGGCGCUGCCUCUGCUUCCGCCGGCGCCGGCCAUCGAGCAGCCGGCGAAGGACGGGUACAGCUGGCGCAAGUACGGGCAGAAGCAGCUCAAGGACGCCGAGUCGCCGCGGAGCUACUACAAGUGCACCCGCGACGGGUGCCCCGUCAAGAAGGUCGUGGAGCGCUCCUUCGACGGGUUCAUCACGGAGAUCACCUACAAGGGCCGCCACAACCACCCGCGCCCCCAGGAGCGCGGCCACGCCGCCGGCGGGAACGACGCCCUCGCCGCCGCCGCCGAGGACGACGUGGAAGGCCCGAGCGACGACGACGACGACGCGUUGCAUGAGGAUGACCUUGACGGGGGGCACGGGGCUCCCGGCAUGGGCGCCGACGGCGGCGAGGGCGGGCAGAGGGUGGUGAAGAAGCCCAAGAUCAUCAUCCAGACCCCGAGCGAGGUUGAUCUCCUCGACGACGGCUACCGGUGGCGCAAGUACGGGCAGAAGGUGGUAAAGGGCAACCCACGGCCAAGGAGCUACUACAAGUGCACGGUGGACAACUGCAACGUGCGCAAGCAGAUCGAGAGGGCGUCCACCGACCCCAGGUGCGUCCUCACCACGUACACCGGCCGCCACAACCACGACCCGCCUGGCCGGGGCAACGAGGCCCCCGCCACCGCCGCCGCCGCCGGCGGCGGCCACCCGGCGCCUUCGGCUGGGGGAAGCGGGACGUUUCAGCAAACCGGCGGCGGCGCUCGGCAGUUGAAAGAGGAGAGCUAGCGUUGGCUCGUUUGAAGAGGGUGGCUUUUGUGGAGUGUGGUUUUCCCCUGGGUGUGAAUAACGGAGGCUGGAUCAAUUGAUUCUUUCGGGCAGGUGUUUCUGCUGCCGGCUAAUUAUUAUAUUGUUCAUCAUAUUUGGUUAGGUUUCAGCUGGUCUAGAGGAGCUGACAUAUUUGAUUUCGGCUGAACAUGUGGUUGUGCCGCGUGAUUUGUACAUUUUG